AUGGGCGUCGUGCAUGGCGGCUUGGUCCUCGUCUCUUUGGAAAGAAAUAACAAUUCCACCAUCUCGACGAUGAACUCCCACUUCUUCGCCCUCGCCUACUGCAACACCCUCUGGCUCAUCUUUGAGAGGCUCCCCGUCCUGGACCUGGCCCGCGCAAGCUGCAUCUACCGCAUCUGGAGCUCUGUCGCCUUUGAUCACAACAUGGUCACCCAAGCCUUUGCAGCCCCCUGGAGGUUGAAGGAGAUGGUCGGCAUCCCGAGCUCGGGUAGCUUCUGGAGGGAUAACGGCAUAGGGAAGUUUGCCAUCUCGCACCGGAUUAAGUGCGGCGAUAGCAUUGUGAGCCUCGCUGUGAAGUACUCCAUUCAGGUCAUGGACAUAAAGCGCUUGAACAACAUCAUGAGUGAUCAUGGUAUAUAUCCGAGGGAGAGAUUGUUAAUCCCCAUAAGCAACCCUGACAUUCUUAUCAAUUACACAUGCUACAUAGAGCGAGAUAACCAUGCAAAGAGGGAAGUCGCCGUGCUUUACCCAGAAGGCGUCCGGGACAUAGAGAUAAGUUCUUUGCUAAAGAGGACAAACUCUGAACGAGGGAAGAAGAGAAUACUCGACUCGCUUAGGAGGAGCAUGCAGGUCGAUGAUGGGACUGCUCAGUACUACUUGUCUAUCUCUGAUGGUGACCCAAGGGCUGCACUCUCGAAAUUCUCCGAAGACCUUAGGUGGGAGAGACAGGUGAAAUGGUUAGGCAACAUUAUGGCUGCUUUAAUAAGAUGA